AUGGAAGCUCCAACGAAAGCAAGUGUUGAGCCGUCAUCCGCCGAGGGGGGCAAUAAAAGUCAAGGUACAGCAGAUAGCACGGUAGCAAUUGUUACUGGCGCAGUUGGUGGCAUGGUGAGAGCCAUUGCUGAAGCAUUUGCACGCGAAGGCCAUUCUCUCAUCUUAUGCGACCUCGCUCCCGGUGAUGAUGUGCAAGCCGCAAUUAAAUCAACAUCGGCAUCAUCAACGCUGUCUAUCACCACCGUCACAGGCGACAUCGCAACACCAGAUUUCCCAGACAAAGUGCUACAAGCUGUGGGUGAGCGCAGAAUUAGCGUCUUAGCCCACGCGGCUGGUGUCUCUCCUUCUUUCAAGAAUGGCAAACGCAUUUUUGACAUUAACUUCACGGCAACAAAACGCCAAGUAGAGUCGCUUCGGCCGCGAAUGUUAGAACCAGGAGGAGUAAUCAUUCUCACUGCCUCUUUGUCUGGCACUUUCAUAGCGAAUACUGUCAUUGACUUUGGAGUAACCCGUCACAUCAAGGGUCAUUGGCCAUCUACUGUUUGGAUAAUGAGUCGUUGGAGUUAUACGUCGUAUGCAAUUUCAAAACGCUGCGUUCAACUAUAUGCUCAAUCAAUGGCUACAGUGCUAGGAUCUGUUCGGGUGCGGAUUGUUAGUGUCUUGCCUAGAGUUAUUGACACUGCGAUGAUGACGGAUUAUGCCCAAGAGCCAGCUCUUGUGACGUUUAUCGAGUCUUCCGGGCUGAAAAGGAUGGGCCGACCUGACGAGAUAGCAUCAGUGGUCUCGUUCCUCGCCUCUCCCGGCGCGAAUUAUGUCACUGGUAUUGACAUCUUGGUAGACGGUGGUCUUACUGCUCAGCGUUGGAAGGCGAUCACAACGACGAUCCGAGAGCUGAUCAAGAACAGACCUGGGAAAAGAAAGAAGAAUUAG